CGAACAAAGAAUCCGCAUCGACAUUUGAAACGAAACGAAACAGUAGUAGCGACAGCAACAGCGACACCACCACCAUCACCACCACAACAACAACAACAACAACAACAGCAUGAGAGAUAUCGGCAAGUACGCCUCCCGUCUCCCCUCUCCCAAGUCCACGAGGGGGUCCUCCAGCCCGGCCAGCGGCAAGCAGCUUUCCACCCCGGGCCAGAGCCCCGGGGGGAGCCACCACAGCCGCGGCUCCCCGAUGGACGACCAGCACAGCGGCCACAGCCGCAGCCAGCGGUCGUCCUCGUCGGCCGGCCGCCGGGCCCAGUACGGCGGGGAGGAGGCGCAAACGCAAACGCCCACGGCCGGGCAGCUGAUGGACCAGCUGGAGGAGGCCAGGGCCCGGGACGCCUCGGCCCGGGCGGCCCUCACCAAGAGCGACGCCGUCAUCAUGGACCUCCGGUCGAACCAGCGCCAGCUCAAGCGCCAGCUCGAGCUCCUCAAGAUCGAAAAGGCCGACGCGGCCACGGAGCUCCAAAAGGCCAAGGAGGCCGCCUCCGGAAGCAGCAGCAGCAACAACAACAAAAACGCCGCUGCAAACGGCGGUGGCGGCAGCAGGGCCCAGCAGCAGCGCAUCGAGUCGCUCCAGGCCCAGGUCCGGGAGAUUACCCAGCAGCUGGAGCAGGCCCGGGCCAAGAACAACAGCCACAACACCAACCAUAACAACCCGGACCGGGACGGAAGCCUCCACAGCCGCGAGGACAGCAAGAACGCCCGGGUCGGCGAGCUCCAGGUCCAGCUCGACCGGGCCCACGCGCAGAUCCUGACGGCCGACAUGGUCCGCAAGGAGCUCGAGGACACGCUCGAGGCCGAGCAGUACACCUGGGAGCUCCGCGUCCAGGACCAGGAGCGCCAGAUCGCCAAGCUCCAGCAGGACGCCGGGGCCCUCUCGAACGACCUGGAGGAGUGCCGGUCGCGCUGGAAGGAGGCCGAGGCCGGCUGGAACGAGGAGCUCGGCGAGCUGCGGUCCGAGCUGGCGGGGGCGAAGCAGCAGCUGCAGCACGAGCGCGAGCAGCAAGGCAGCAACACCAACAACAACACCAACAACAACAGCACCAACGACUCGCCGGAGUUGUCCUCCGCCCACGGGGACCUGCUGCAAAAGAUCCACCAGCUCGAGUCGGAGCGCGCCGAGCUGCAGUCCUGCCUCGACGAGGCCCUCAAGGAACUCGAGGCCGUCGACGACGAGCUCCGGGUCGGGGAAAACAGCAAGACCGGCGCCGACGACCAGCUGGUCGAGUCCCUCCAGCACCUGCUGCGGUGGGUCUACCAGGAGGGGCCGGUGGAAACCAGGCUCGACCACGGACAGCUGGCCUCGCUAAGGAGCGACCCCCAUCGCCUCGUCUCCCUCGUCCAGGAGGCGCUUGAGGGCUGGCUCGAGGCCGCCUCCUCCGAAGCCCUAGACCGGGAGAAGGCGGGCAGCGAGGAGCGGGAGAAGCAGAAGGAGGCGAUCGACCGGCUCGAGGGCGAGGCGGAGGCCGCCCGGGAGGAGCUCUCCAAGAAGCAAGAGGUCCACGCGGAGCUCCGCGAGUCCCUCCGGGAGGCGGUCUCCCUCCUCAAGCCCCUCCAGGACGCGGUCGCGGCGGCCGAGGAAGAGAAGAAGGCGAUGCAGCGGACCAUGCAGGACCUCGAGCGGGACCAGCGGUCGUCCCUGGACGAGGCGGCCCACAAGUCGAUCCGGAUCAGCACCCUCGAGGGACAGGUCUCGGCCCUCCAGGACCAGCUGAAGGAGGAGAAGCGCUUUGCCAGCGUCCGGGAGUCCCUCCUCAAGGCGCACCAGGCCGCUGGCGGGCCCGGCAGCUCGACGAGCGACGACAGCGAGUCGCUGGCCAGCAUCAAGCGGGCCCGGGAGGAGCUCCGCCGGAAGCGCGAGAGCGAGGACAACCUGCAGAAGCUCCUGAAGGACGCCCAGUCGCGCUUCAGCACCCUGCACGACCAGAACGAGGACAUCUCGGCCCGGAACCGCGAGCUCGAGGGGCAGAUCCGCAAGCAGGCCGGAUCGGACCACGGGCAGCAGAGCGACGCGGACACGACCCGGACGACGCAGCUCACCGAGACCAUUUCCCUGCAGGACGAGGAGAUCCGGAGGCUCCGGUCGGAGCUGGACCGGGCGAGGCCGCUUUCGUCGCCGUCGUCGCACGCGGGCUCCUCCCGGGCGGCGUCCUCGCUCGAGCGGGAGCUGGAGGCCGCGAGGGGGGACCUGGCCCAGAAGGAACACGCCAACACCGUCCUCAACAAGUCGCUCAAGGAGGCCCUGGGCCUGCUCAAGCCCCUCCAGAUGCACCUGGAGGCCGCCGAGAUGGAGAAGAACGAAACCUCCAAGGAGCUCCGGAACCUCCGGAAGCGCUUCCGCCAGCUGCAGAUGGGAGAGAUGGUGGACGACCAGUCGAGGUCGACGGUCGGGGGCAGGGCGAUCGACGGCGGCGUGGAGCUCGCCAAGAUCAAGGAGGAGCUGGAGGAGACCGUCCGGCAGCUGGAGCUCGAGAACUCGGAGCUCCACGACGCACUGGACGACCUCACCGAGGGCGGAAACAAGCAAAACAACGAGGCGAAGACGAGGCACCGGCUCGUGGAGCUCAACAGCCUGUACGAGGUGACGCAGAACCAGCUGGAGGACGCCCGGGUCGAGAACCACGCGCUCCUCAAGGCGCUCCGGCAGAAGGAGGCCGAGGAGAUCGAGCGGAGGGCCGAGGUCGUCCGGCUGGGCGAGCAGCUGCACAAGACCGAGUCGGAGCUCACGAACGCCAAGAAGAUCGCGCAGUCGGCCCUGGUCAAGGUCGAGGAGCUGACCAUGUCCAACAUCGAGCAGCUCUCGAUCCUCCGGGACUCGCCCGGGAGUGUACACCGGACCGACCGCUCGAACCAGCACGGGGGGUUCUCCUACUAGCCGCCGGACCGGGGUUUCCCGGGAACCAAUUCGCGACGCACGAGAGACAGGCCGAGAAGGCACGGCACACGGGGACGGGGAAGAAUGCAAACUUUUUUGGAUGGAAUUCGUUGGUAGUGGUCUGCCACGCGAACCAAACCUAGGAAUCCACACAAGAAAAUAAUAUGAUAGUAUUGUC